AGUCUGGCAAAUGGUUUGUGGAUUGGAGAGGUCCCACCCCAGCUACAAGACCUGAGUUUCACUGAGAAAAUGCUGAUAGCACGUGUAAAGCAUAACCACUGCAUUGUUAAGGUCCACAUGUCAGGCAUGUCCAAGCUACGCGCUAAUGUGGUUAGCCAUUCACUGCCCAUGCCCAAGAUAUGUUCUGUGCUGCCACCUAGAUGCGAAGAAUUGAGUGAAGUGUUGGCAUUCUUGUACCUUGGACCUAACCAACCAACCUCUAAGGAGUAUAAGCGCACACCCAUGCUAGUU